CGGUCAGACUGUAAAGUGUCGAAAUUUGACUUCAAUUCUCGAACCUUCCAUUUCGCCGAUUUUCUUCAGACAAGGUAAAGAUGCAGAAGUAUUUGAUUCUAGCCUGCUGCUUCCUCAUUUUCAAUGCAGGAAGAUCUCAAGCAAGGUCGAUCAAAUAUGACAGGAUUCGCGAUUAUAUGAGUACGAUGCCGCGGGAUAUAAUAGGCAAAAAUAUGGCGAUGAUACCCGAUUAUCCGACUAUGCCAGCAGAAGACAUCUAUAAAAAGUCAAUGAUGGAUAUAAUAGGCAAGAAUAUGGCCAUGAUACCCGAUUAUGCGACCAUACCUGCAGAUGCCUACAAUAAAAGAUCAAUUAAAAGCAAGAAAAGUGCGAUGAUAGCCGAUUAUGCGACAAUACCUGCAGAUGCUUACAAUAAAAGAUCAAUGAAAGGCAAGAAAAGUGCGAUGAUAGCCGAUUAUGCGACUAUACCUGCAGAUGCUUCCAUUAUGCAAUCAAGGCCAAUGGCGGACCAUUAUAUCCAGGAAAUACGCAUGGGAAUGAAAGACAUUGACUUUCGUCCAGUCACAGCCAUUCCUCCAAACAUUGCCUUACGUCCAAUUGAGACGAUAGGCAAGAAAAGUGCGAUAGCCGAUUAUGCGGCUAUACCUGCAGAAGACAUCUAUAAAAAAUCAAUGAUAGAUAAGAUAGGCAAGAAUAUGGCCAUGAUACCCGAUUAUGCGGCUAUACCUGCAGAUGCCUACAGUAUGAGAUCAAUGAUGAACUACAUGCCGACAGAAUAUAUCUAUGAAAUAGAAUGAAAACGAAUGCCAUUCACAAUUCGUCCAAAAAUUUAGAUAAUGCCAG